AUGAAUAUAUCUGAGUCUAGUUGCUGUCAAGAGGCCAGUUCUCAGCCCAUCCAGGUUGCGGAGCGUGGGACAUGGGGUGCCUCUUCCAGCACUCCGGGGCCUGACCGGGGACAUGGCUUUGACCACAGCCGGACCACAGAGCUGGCACCGGUUUCUGGCUCUGGAACACGGACGGGGUCCCGAACUGGAGGGGCCACAGCAGAGGCCAGGACGGGAAGCCCGGACUCAACCCAUUCUGGAGCUCUGACCCUGGGCUCUGGCGAGGGGAAAUCAGGAGGGGAGUCGAGGAUCAGGAGGCCGAUGAAUGCCUUCAUGGUGUGGGCUAAAGAUGAGCGCAAACGUCUGGCCCUCCAGAACCCAGAUCUGCAUAACGCUGUGCUCAGUAAGAUGCUGGGUCAAUCCUGGAAGGCUCUAAGCACACUAGACAAGCGUCCGUUUGUGGAGGAAGCCGAACGACUCCGUUUGCAGCAUCUCCAGGACCACCCAAACUACAAAUACCGUCCUCGCCGCAAGAAACAGCCCAAGAAGAUGAAACGAGUGGAACCAUGUUUGCUCCUCCAAGGCCUCGCUGGCGGCCCGGGACCACGAGAUGCUUACUCGCCACACCGCCAUGCCCAUCAUCUGAUGCUUCCUCUGGGACACUUCCGAGACCUCCACCCCUCCGGAGCUCCAGAGCUGGAGAGUUUCGGCCUGCCAACACCAGAGAUGUCACCGCUAGACAUGUUGGAGGAGGGAGGUGGAGAUUCAGUGUUUUUCCCCCCUCACAUGCAGGAAGAUGUGGGUCUGGGAUCGUGGAUAAACUACCACCAGCCUCCAAACCAUCAGGCUGGCCAUCACCCUCACCACAACUCCCAUAAUCUCCAGCAUUCCCACCCACACCUCAACCAGAAGUCUCCGCUGGCCUGCCUCCCGCUGCAGGAUAAAUGCCUGGUCGUUGAGUCCACGAACCCUAACAGUCUCUACCCCAACAUGAGUCUCCCAGAAUCUUCCAAGGCUCCUCACACUCCCACACCUGCAGGCUAUUACGGUCAGAUAUACGGGAGCAGUCAGUCCCAGCCUGCCUUCACCUCUCAUCUGGGCCAGCUGUCUCCACCGCCCGAGACCUCGGCAGUCGCUCAGGUCGCUCCACCCUCUCUGGACGCCGUGGACCAGCUGGGACCCUCUUCUGAGUUCUGGGGCGAAGUAGACAGGAUUGAGUUCGACCAGUACCUGAGUGUGAACAGGACUCGAUUGAGUAGGAACGCUCCUUGCGAGGAGAGCAGCGCUUUGAUAUCAGCCCUGUCCGAUGCCAGCAGCGCCGUCUACUACAGCGCGUGCAUUACAGGAUAAAACUGCUACCGCAAUCUCCAUGAAGUCCUGAAGUCCGGUGCACAUAUCGUUUUUUUUUUUUUGAGUCUCUGAUCUUUUUGAUUUAUUUGAGUUACCUUCUUCAGGGAAUCAUCUUGCCCGGUUUCACGAAUCACUGGAGGUUACUGAACUGGAGGUUCUCACUGUAUAGACUUCACUAAAUUGCAUUUCACAGAAUGACUAGUAAUUUCUGGUCUUGAUAACCUGUACUUUCUGAGACUGUGGUCAAAUUUAACCGAUAAUUUUGCUGACUCCAUCCAGCUACUGUAUGCUUAUGGUCUCAAAUGAGGGUACUGGGACGUGGAAGUCAAGAAUGUGAAUAUUAUA